AUGCUACUAAAGCCUGGAUUGGUGCCUACACAGACUGGCGAUGGUGAUGGAGGAUCGCCAUACAACUACACAUUAAUCCUUCAAAACAAAAACUGGACUGAGGCUCAGGAGUACUGCAGAGAGUAUCACACUGAUUUAGUCACUAUUAGUAAUGAAUUUGAGAAUGAACAGGUGUAUAACGCAGGUACACAGUACACUAAAGAUCCAUUCUGGAUUGGUCUUAGGUAUAAUAAAUCAAUACAACUGUCAUGGUUUGAUGGAGGACAGUCUGGCUACAUUAACUCUAUAAAUAAGCAUGACUUGUUUACUUGUUUUAAUGAUGAUGGGUCCUGGACCCAAAGUAACACAUCUGAGAAUGCAUCUGCUCUGUGCUACGAAAGUUUCAUUUAUGUGAGUGAAGCAAAAAUGUCUUGGGAGGAAGCUCUGGAUUACUGCAAUAGCAAUGCUUAUGGACUACUGCGAAUCGAGUCAGAGAAGGAUCAGAUAGAAACAGAGCGAGCAUUACGAAGAAAAAAGAUUUCUGGUCCAGUGUGGAUCGGGCUUAGACAGAGUCGACUUUUUGGUUUCUGGAUUUGGGUCAAUGGGCUUCAAGUGGGACCCUGGACCAACUGGAAAGGAGGACAUCAACCAGAACAUCAGAAGUCUAACUUCUGUGGUGCCAUGGAGAAAGUGAAUGGUGAAUUCAAGUGGUCUGAUAAAGACUGCAGAUCUGAAUUUAGAGUUUUAUGUGAGAGGAGGUGAAUGACAAUUCUUGUGCUUGAGAUCCUAUUGCUCUUACAUGUGGAAAGUUUUUGUGAAUGCUUUAAUCAUUGCCUCAAGCUGCUUUAUUCAUAAAUUAACGUAAAACAAAUCAAUUCAGAAUAGUUUUGCUUGAGAAAAGAAUAUCAAUCUCUUUAAAUACUGUAUC